UACAGCCCGGCGAGAUCCACUUUCACUUUCAGUUCUCACCUCAGGAGGAGGAGAACAAGCGUACCUAGUACUUUCAAAGAUCCGUACAAGACCUCUUUCCUAAACCUCCAUUUUGACCUUGAUCUUAAGCUCGAGACUCAAUCUCCACUAUAACCUUUCAUCUCCAGCACCUCUACAACCUUCAUCAAACCAACAGACACCCAUCCACAAACACAAGCCUUCUUUCCAUCCAGACAAUCAAUCGUCAUAAAGCAAACUAACAAAUCAUCUACAAACACCCAGCCCACGAAAUCCAGCACAAUGCCUAGUAUAAAAGAAGAAAGCAUAUCUCCUCCACAAUCUCUUUCGCGUUCCGCUUCUAUUCCUCCUUCCGUAUCUGACUCGAAUUCCGCAGUCUCAGAUUCCCCUUCACUUUCUCCGUCGCCCGACGACGAGCCGGUUUUUAUGAAUGGUUAUCAUGGUUAUGGGAAUGGGCAUGGUGGGCGUCGUAAUCCUGGAUAUCAUCGGAUAGUACUUCCGGAAAGGGAUUCUGGUGAUGGGAGUACGAAUGGGGAUGAUGAUGAUGAUGAUGAGGGUUCUGAGAAUGAUAUCGAAAAUGGAGAUGGAGAUGGAGAUGAGGGUUCCGAGGUCGAUAAUAUGGAUGAGGAUGAAUAUCAGGAUGAGGUUAUAGAAGUAGAGAUGAAUAUUGAGGAAACGCAAGAAGUAGUCGACAUAGCUUCUACCGAGGAAGAAGAGGAAGAGGAGGAGGAGGGGAAUGACUCAGGAUCCACAACCGAAUCUGAAGAAUUUCACCUCCUCGACGAAGAAGGAAAUCCCAUUCCAAAUACCCGCGAAAAUAUCAUGGCUGUUGCAGAGGCGCGCAUAAAAAGAGAUAUGCAAGAUGCCAAUUAUGAAGCUACACCCGAUCCUAGUCCACUCAUCAAGUUUUUUGCUGUCGGAGCUGAUAUGUGCGACUAUUACAUGCUGAAAAUAUGUCCCGAUGCGAACCUUCUAGGAAUAGCCAGAUUGGACAAUUGGAUGUAUUGUGUAGAUGCUGACGUGGAAGAUGUAUGUUGUUAUCAAAACAUCCUACCACUCGACACGCAGCCCCCAGAUUCAGAACCCGAACCUGGAUACAACACGCGUGGAAAAGUCAUCUACGGAAUCCUAUGGGAAGUACACGAGAACACACUGUUCAAACUCCUGAGUAUGGAUAAAACGGAAGAAGACGCGCAACUCGGUAUGGCGAGAGUAGAUGUCAUGAGGUUAGAAUGCGAAAAGGGAUUUGGACCAGCGUUUGCGUUUGGGAUGGGCUGGGGUUUGAAGAGGAGAUUGAGGGAAAUAGGGACAGAAGCUGAUGUGGUUACUUUUACGGGGAAGCCGGGCAGGGUGGGACUAGGUCAGGGGUUUAAUGAGAGGGUUAAUAGGGGGAUUGUGGAGGGGUGUAUGAGGGGGGUGCCGGAUGAGUGGGUCGAGAGUGAUGUGAGGUUGUGGGUGCAGUAUCCGUCUCAGGAGGAGCCGGUUUUGCUUAAGUAGGAUUAUGGUAGAAUAUUAGAUUCUUAGAUUGGUUUGGUUUGAUUUGCUGGUUGUACAUGUGUAGAUUGGGGUGGUGGGUGUGAUUUAGAUUGAGAUUGAGAUUUGUUUUUUUUUUUUCCUUUCUUUCAAUACAAAAGUAAGGGCGAUAUAAUGAUAUGAAUGAAG